AGCGUCGGCAGCGGCUCCUCUUCCAUCUUGGCUCCACCCCGCCGUGAUCCGGGGCCGCGGAGCGCAGGGGUCAGGGAGCAAAAGGGGGCCGGGCUCCGGAAACAAACGCCUCGCCGCGUCUGGCAGACUGUCCUUUCUGUUCCCAGAACACUUAUCAAACUCUUUGGGUGCGAUUGAUUCGGAGCUGAUUCGGUGUGCGAGUGCGCGAUCGUGUGAUUUCGCUCCGGAUCAGAAGUGCAAAGGGGGCCGAUUCUCUGCGCCGGUUCGAGAGGAGCCGUAGCAGAGGCGCGCAGCAUCUCCAAAGCCGAAGCAAUGGAACCUUUUUCUCUGUAUGACAUCACUGCUGUUGUUUACACCAAAUCCACCGAGAGAAUUAUUUCACCCAUGGUUGCUGAACUUUACCACUUAAUUAUAGCAGUACAAUGGGGAGAAGUGAAUCGUGAAGGUUUGGCUGGUUUACAGGAGGCAGCGGAGGAAUUAGCCAAAGCUACUGGACAGCUUUCCUCUACUGCAAGGAGGCUGGCUGAAGAAUCCGAUGAUGAGGUGCUAAAGCGGGAAAUGGCACCCGCAGCGGAAUCUCUCCUGAUCUCUGGGGAAAACAUCCUCCUGGUUUCUCAGAAGCUUCUCAUUCAACCCGAUGCCAAGAACUGCCUAGAGGAACUGGCUUCAUCUGCAAAAAGGAUCCUCGUGGAAACCAUAAAAGUCCUCCAAGCAGAAGAUGAUGCCCUGGUUAGGAAGAUAAUUCAAGCUGCCCACUGGCUUUUCAACUGCCUCCUUGUACUGGAACCUGCUGAAGACGUAUCCGCAAUGCUGGUCACUUUCCGCAGCUUUUCGGAGGCUUUGUUGCUGCUGACCAAAUUGACAGAAAGACUUCUUUGGGAUCUGAAAGAAUCUUGUCGGAAGCACUUGGCUCAAACCCUACAGCUCCUUAAGAACUGCAUUCCGAUGCUGUACACAGCAAAACUCAGCAGCUUAAAGCACGCUGGUGAUGAGCAAGUGGAAGUCUCGAAAAGCUAUAUUUUUGGCUUGGCAAGAAGCACGGUGAAGGAAUUGAUCUCCCAGCUGAGGAACAAGGUGGGAACAAAGAAACUACAUGAAAGAACCGGGCUCUUUCCUCACCAUUUGCACAAUGUUUUGAGCCUCCUGUCCAGACCUCAGUCCAAUGAGGGUGAGAUAAGCUUCCUUGUAGAAUCAUUAGUAUUCUACAGCAUGCUGUUAGCUGACUCAUCAAGAGGACCUGUGAAGCUCAAUCUGGUCCAGCACUGCCAUCGCCUCCUGAAGUUCAGAAAGAUGAUUGCCACAAAUGAGGGCACAUUGGAGGGUUUCCCAGUGGAAAACCAGAGAGGGGGUAGUAUAGAAGAGAAAUGUUCUGCCAUGAGAGCAGAGAUGGAAAAUCUUGAUCAAGCAGUACGUACUGCUGUUCUCUAUCAGGUUCUGGACAAUUUUGUGGAGACCAAAGGACCCAUUAAGAGGUUGGUGGAAGCUGCCAUGCAACCAUGUUCUCCUGCUGAAAAUGGAGGAUUCCUAAGAAAACUGAAGCCUCUCACUACUGAAUUCUUCAACCAUUCCAACCAGAUGCUCAAAGCGACAAAUUUUGUUCUAGUCACCUGCACUGAAAGGAAAACCAUUCAAAGCAUCGAAGGCUGUGUAGACCAUCUGAGUAGGCUUCUUGCCACUGUGCCUGCCCUCCUCAGUGAAAUGAGCCACCCUCCAGGUCGUAAGGGUGCACCCGAAAAAUUGCACUUCCUGUGUCAGACGUGGUUGAGCACAACCGAAAGCCUGCUGAUGUGUUUGGACAAAGUAAUUGAUCUGCGUGAAUUCCUCGAAUUAUGUCUGCAGGACAUGGUGGAGCACAAAGCAAGGAGCGAAAAGGCCUUAGAGGAGCAGCAGUCUGGAGAGUUUUCUCAGCACGCAUCCAGUCUUUCCAAAAGAGCUGUGCAAGUUGUUGAGUUUAUUAGCAGACAUCUGAACAGAGCCAGAGAUCCCAUUUUCCGGAAUGGACUGCUGGUUCUAAUUAAGCAACUGGAAAAUGCCAUACCGCAGGUGAAGGUUGCUGCAGAUCAGUGUCUGGGAAGAAUGGCUAGUCUGCAAGCCAAAGAUGAAUAUUCAAAGAGGGCAAAAGAUUUGAUGGAGGCUGCUUGCAAUGUCAGACUGGGACUGGAUGAGUGCAAUCAGCCAGAUAUUCUCAGCCCACUUCGGGUGGGUGUUCGAAGCGGCAUUCUUUUCAAAGAUGUUCCAGAUUGUUCCACUCCCCAGGACCUUCUAGAGCUUGACACACAAAGCACCACAAAGCAAAGUAGUUCAAACAAUUCAGAAUUACUGGAAGAGCUCUCAGGCAGGUCUAUCCCUUGUUCUUCCUCCACAAAUCCUAGUGGCAGUGAUUUAUUUUCUGAAGGUGCAAGUGGAAAGAUCAAUAUGCACACUCUGGUCAGCGAGAUCCUAGCAGCUACAAAGACACACAAUGUCACAAGUCUGAACAGUGCUUGCUCUGACUUAUUGGAGCUUUCCAGUUGUUGGGUGGAUGCUGCUAAAGAGGCCUUGCAGGUUUCUAAGCUGCAUGUGUCAGAGGAACUGUUGCAAUACAGAGAAAUAGUGACAUUAAUCCCUUGUCUUAUUAGCUCAACCAGAGAGGUAGACGCAAACUCUAUUCCUUGCACAGAGACACUUCAGCAAACAGCAGUUUUGCUCUCGGAGAGAAUUGAUGCAGUUAAGGAAGGUCUGACCGUUGUUGCAAGUUCCUGGUACAGCCUGGCUAGGCAGUUAAUUUGCGUUCGAUCCUCUCCCGAAUUUUCUGACAAUGCGAAAGUGUUAGGCGAGAUCAUGGAGAUUUUACAGGCUGUUGUUCAGCUGGCUGGCCAAGCCACUCGUAUAGAACACGACGAGGGGCUCCCUGAGCUUCCCGGACUUCACGAAACCUUUCUGCGAGUUCAAGCUAAAUUCAUUUGUGUGCAAGCCAGGACAAAACUCUUGCUUGAAAAGGCGCUGGCUGUUAAUCAGCCCCUCUCCAGCAACAAAGCUGAGCUGGAGACAAUGGAUGCUCAUUGCCUCUUGUGGUCUGUCACCAUCCAAGCAUUCCUAAACUCUGUAGACCAGUUUAUAGGAAGAGACGUAUUGUCCUUAACCGAGUUGCGAGACAAAGCAAAGCACCUGCCCUGCUUGCAGAGCAGCCUGGCAGCAGUAUCAGAAAGUUCCCUUCGGAUACAGGAAGCAAGCAGGCUGUCGCUUCUGUCGUGUGCUGAACACAGUGCUAAGCAUGAGGUUACAGCACUAAAGGAGCAGAUGAAAACACUGACAUACUCCCUGCUUGGAGUUGCCGAUGUUCUGACUGCCUCCCCGCUUCCUGACCCCAAUUUGUCGGUUCGUUUUGAGCUUCUCCAAAGGGAACUUGCCAUAACAGCCAAAGUCCUUCUGCUUCAGAUGAGUGUGAUCAAUGGAGAAUACUUGAGUUGCAUCCGAAGCAUCAUCAGCCGAACCCUGCCUUUGCCAUGUGGCAGUGAAGGCGACAGGGUCGAAUUAGACAAGGAGGCCUUUGAGAAAAAUGCGGAUGAGCUCCGAGCAAAUAUCCAGAUGGUCAAAAAGACUGUCGGUGAUGCUCUGGAGAGCCUUUCUUCUGAGGAACUGAGAGGGAACUUACUCUCCAUGGCAGACCACCUUCUGCUCCUCACUGAUGAAGUGAUCAGGAGAGCUGGGGAACUCCAAAGCCAGCUAGACAAGGAGUAUCUUCUCGGAGACUGUGUUUUAUACGAGUGGUCUGCUACAGCGGCUUAUCUUGUGAAACAGCUUCAGUCCACAAAGGGUGCAAGUGAAGCGGCUGUGGCGCAUGUGAGGAGGUGCUUGCAAAACAAGGAGGGGCACAUGCCUUCCAGCCUAUCUGUCUGCCAGCUGCAACCCCCCUUACAGAAAGAACUGGGUAGUGCAAAGGACCAGAGUCCUGGGACACCAAAGCACAAAGCCACUAAGACUGGGCGAGGCCUGUUGCUUGCUAGGGACGUUACCAAAACGCCUCGGGAAGAUCUGCAAAGUGGUUUUGAGCCCAGUCAGUCUGAACGCAGCUUGAGAGUCAGCCCUGCUGCCUCGCCGGGAGACUCUGAGAAGUUGGGGCACGACGGCUGUCCAAUUGCACAAGUCACCCAGCAGAUGACAACUCAGAUGUCCUACAUGGCCAAGUUUCUAAAAAGGAAGGGGCCAAUCGCGACCAAGGAACAACUCAUUUCCUGCGCCACACAGAUCAUUUCUGGAGGGGAAGCCCUGGUAAAGUUUGCCGGCAUCAUUGCAAAGAACUGUCUAGACGAAAGAUGUGCGACCGAACUGCUGUAUGCCAUGGAGCAAACCAAGACCAUUAGCUACCAGCUUAGCAUCGUUUCCAGGGUAAACGCAUCAACAGGUAAAAGCAGGUCAUCUGCCGAGCACCUUGUGAGCAAUGCACAGAACCUAAUCCAGGUGGCUCUUCAGAUGUUAAAGGCUGCAGAAGUGGCUUGCGUCAAAGGUUUGCGUCAACCGGCCCCUGAUUCAGAAGAAGCCAAUGUAGCUGCAUUUUGCAGCAGGUGGAGGAAAAGUCUGUGGUGGCACAGGGCCAAGGAAGCUUUAAAUUCAGAGAGAGAUGAACUGGGACUUCGCAAAAAGGGGUCGUGGACCGAACCCACAUUCACAUCCAUGACCCAAGAACUAUCAGCUCCUUAGUCAGAACUGCUCUAAAUCUAAAUGUUUGCUGUUUCUGGCCAGAAGCAGGUUAUUGACAUUGGUUAUGCUCCAACUUGUGGAAAGAGACAUCACACUCAGAAUAAUUUAGUCUGCCCAUUAUAGUUGCUGUGGACGUAGUGCCCAAGUUCAGUGCACAAAUGUAAUCGCCGCUAUGGUCACAAUUAUUCACAUGCUUAGCUGUUGCCUAUCCUCAAAGUUGCAACUCUGCCCUUGCCUUUCAAUAUGCCUAUCUUGUUUGUUUCAGGUGGCUUCAACUUCACUACCAUUCACCCCCCCCCCAAUGUCAGGUAGUAGAAAGAAUACCAAAGUUGGGAGACAUGGGUUCAAACCGCUGCUUGGCCAUGACUCUCGCUAUAUCUCAGGCUAACGUAUCACACAGGGUUAUUGUGGGUAGGAGGAAAUGACCAGGCAGUCCAACAAGUAUAUACACCUUAGGAGGGAAGGGGGAGAAAGUAGAUAAAAUCUACAAUGCAGAUUUCCCAGCCUUUUAGCAGUCCAUGAAAAGUCAAGAGAUUUUCACUCUUUUUUAAUUUGUUAAAAAUGUCAGACACAUGAGUAUAUGUUACUGUCAUUACAUAUCAAUACAAAAAAGCAAUACAAAUUAAGCAGUUGAAUACAAAAAUACAUUGAAUACAUGAACACCACAAUGUGCCAGCACUAAAUGAGAAUAAUGUAUACAUGAAAAAAGAAAAUACAUUUUUUACACAUACAACUUAUGAAUUUUCUACUUAGAAAUGUUUUAGCUGUGUCCUUUGCAAUUUCUUCUAUAUACAGCAUAGAAUAAAAUACUUUAAAAAUGCUUCAGUUCCUCAAUAUGUAAUACAGUAUCUUUUAGGCUAUGAGUAUCAAUUCAUGAAUAAAAAAUGAUGCUGUG